AUGGAUCGCCAUUCCAGCUACAUCUUCAUCUGGCUGCAACUGGAGCUGUGCGCCAUGGCCGUCCUGCUCACCAGAGGUGAAAUCAGAUGCUACUGUGAUGCUGCACACUGUGUUGCAACUGGCUAUAUGUGCAAAUCUGAGCUUAGUGCCUGCUUCUCCAGACUGCUUGAUCCUCAGAAUACACAUUCCCCACUUACUCAUGGCUGCUUGGACUCUAUUGCAAGCACAGUUGAUAUCUGCCAAGCCAAACAAGCACAAAACCACUCUGGCACCACCACCAUGUCCACAUUGGAAUGCUGUCACGAAGAUAUGUGCAAUUACAGAGGACUGCAUGAUGUUUUGUCUCCUUCCAGGGGCGAUACUUCAGGACAAGGGAGCAGAUACCAACAUGACAGCAGCAGGAAUCUCAUCACCAAGGUGCAGGAAUUGACCUCUUCAAAAGAGUUAUGGUUCAGGGCAGCUGUAAUUGCUGUUCCUAUAGCUGGUGGGCUAAUCUUGGUGCUCCUUAUCAUGCUGGCUUUGCGGAUGCUCAGGAGUGAAAAUAAGAGACUGCAAGAUCAACGACAGCAAAUGCUCUCCCGUUUGCACUAUAGUUUUCAUGGACAUCAUUCGAAAAAAGGGCAGGUGGCAAAAUUGGACUUGGAAUGCAUGGUGCCUGUGACUGGUCAUGAGAACUGCUGCAUGACCUGUGAUAAAAUGAGACAUUCAGACCUCAGCAAUGAUAAAAUUCUUUCACUAGUCCACUGGGGAAUGUACAGCGGACAUGGGAAGCUGGAAUUUGUAUGACCAAUUAUUUUUUAAUCUGAGCUAAACUUACUCUCUGAACUCUUGAAGGCCUUUGGGUUCUGCUGGACAGGAGCACUUUAUCUUAAAACAAAAACUCUCAUACAUCAUCUUUGAGAAACAAAGGACCUCUGCAAACAGAAUCUUGGAUAUUUCUUCUGAAGGAUUCCAAAAGUUGUCUUAUUUGCACAGAGUAAAAUACACUCAAAUGUAUUGUUUGCUUUAAAGUUAUGAAAGCAAAAAUUAGAAGUUGUAAACACUGUCACCAGGGUUAUCUGAACUGUAGGGAGCUGAGAAGUGAGUUAUUAUAAUAAACUGUAUGCAAGCUCCUAUGUUUCCUGACUUAUUGUAAAGAUUUUUUAAAAUAUAUAUAUUUUGUCUGAAA